AUGCGUGAACAAAUGGUUUUGGAUGAAAAAAUUAUUGGCUUUGAAUUAAAUGCCAAUAAAAAACAUUUUAAAUGGCCUGUUAAUGAUACUGAUAAAAAACCAAAAGAAACCGAUGAAGAUGAUGAUGGAAGUAAUGAUGAAAUGUCUGCUCUUCAAACAAGUUUUGUCGUACACAGUGCUGUUCUUGGUGUUGGAGCAAAAGCUGAUCAACGAAAUUUAGUACAUUUAACAAUAAAAGAUAGUGCCAAUGAGAAAACAAUUCUUGAUCAACCAAUUCUUUCAUUAUCACUUCAUAAAAAUGAUUCAAUUUCAGCAUUUAAUCUUCGAGUUUUGUUAACUGAAACAACUGAAGUGACAUUUAAAUUGGUUGAAGGUGAUGGUCCAGUACAUUUAAUAACAUCUAAAAUACUUGAACCUCCAUUUGAUUUUGGUGGUUAUUCAUCAGAUGAUGAUGAAGAUCAAUUUGAUACAAUGAGUGCAACAAGUGAUGAAGAUAUUCAACAUAAUGCUGGUGAUAGAAAAAAUCCAAUGGCUGCAACAGGAAAAUCAUCAAAAAAAUCUAAAAAGCAACAGCAACACCAGCAAAUCGGAUUGAUAAAUCCUUGUGUGACUAAUAAUAAUUCAUCGGAAUUGCAACAACAAAAGAAAAAACGAAAAAAAGAUGAUUAA